CGCGAGGAGUGCCGGGCCUUCGUGGACAAAACAGCAGAAUUUCAGAAAAUAGUGGGCAGCUUGAUUGAGCUCGUUGACCAACUGGCCAAAGCUGCAGAAAAUGAGAAGAUGAAGGCCAUCGGGGCACGGAACCUGCUCAAGUCGAUCGCAAAGCAGAGAGAGGCUCAGGAGCAGCAGCUCCAGGCUUUGAUAGCUGAGAAGAAGAUGCAGCUGGAAAGGUACCGGAUCGAGUACGAGACUCUCUGCAAAAUCGAAGCGGACCAGAACGAAUUCAUCGACCAGUUCAUUUUCCAGAAAUAGAGGAUUUUAAGAUAAAAACCAACGCACGUGGAAACUUGACCAUUCCAGAAUCUUGAGAAUUUCAGAAAUAUGCAAUUCCCACUGUGCAGGAGUGCAGGUGGUUUGUACAAGGGAGGGGCUGUACCUCGGUACUGUGGCAAUAAGGAGGGCUGACAGCUCACAGCUGCACAGACUAUUCUGGCCUUUGAUUUUAUACCAGUUUUGUACAAUCAGUAGUUCUAAUUCAAAUUACAGUUGAAUUAAUGCUA